GUUGGUCUGACAGGACUCCCCCCGCCCUGGACUUAGGCUGGCCUCAGUUCCCCUGCUUCAGGUGGGCAGGUGCCAGGUGACAAGAGGAGGACGGCAGGAAGGCCACAGUGACUCCCCAGUUUGCCUCACCUAGAGCAGUCUGGCCUCGCCCCACAGACAAUGGCCUUGCCCCCAUGAGCUAGAGCCUGCCCCUCGGUGCCUGCCCACCACCCGCCAGCAGGAUGCAGCUGUGGAAGGCAGUGGUGGUGACCCUGGCCUUCAUGAGCUUGGACGUCGGCAUGACCACGGCCAUCUACGUCCUCAGCCACCUGGACCGCAGCCUGCUGGAGGACAUCCGGCACUUCAACAUCUUUGACUCGGUGCUGGACCUCUGGGCGGCCUGCCUGUACCGCAGCUGCCUGCUGCUGGGGGCCACCAUCGGCGUGGCCAAGAACAGCACCCUGGGGCCCCGGCGGCUGCGGGCCUCGUGGACGGUCAUCGCCCUCGUGUGCCUCUUCGCGGGCAUCUACACCAUGGUGAAGCUGCUGCUCUUCUCCGAGGUACGCAAGCCGGUCCGGGACCCGCGGUUCUGGGCCCUCUUCGUGUGGACCUACAUCUCACUCGCUGCGUCCUUCCUGCUCUGGUGGCUCCUGUCCACAGUGCAGCCGGACGCCAAGGCCGUCGAGCGGGGGGCGGGGGCCGAGGCCGAGGGCCUCCCUGGGGAGGACCGGCCCGCGUCCGAGCAGGCCUCCGGGGCCACGCUGCAGAAGCUGCUGUCCUACACCAAGCCCGACAUCGCCUUCCUCGUGGCCGCCUCCUUCUUCCUCAUCAUGGCAGCACUGGGAGAGACCUUCCUCCCCUACUACACGGGCCGGGCCAUAGAUGGCAUCGUCAUCCAGAAGAGCACGGAGCAGUUCAGCACGGCCGUCAUCGUCAUGUGUGUGCUGGCCGUCGGCAGCUCAUUUGCCGCAGGUAUUCGGGGUGGCAUUUUUACCCUCAUAUUUGCCAGACUGAACAUUCGCCUUCGGAACCGUCUCUUCCGCUCACUGGUAUCUCAGGAGACGAGCUUCUUUGACGAGAAUCGCACAGGGGACCUCAUCUCCCGCCUCACCUCGGACACCACCAUGGUCAGCGACCUGGUCUCCCAGAAUAUCAACAUCUUCCUGCGGAACACAGUCAAGGUCACGGGCGUGGUGGUCUUCAUGUUCAGCCUCUCCUGGCAGCUCUCCUUGGUCACCUUCAUGGGCUUCCCCAUCAUCAUGAUGGUGUCGGACGUCUAUGGCAAGUACUACAAGAGGCUCUCCAAAGAGGUGCAGAAUGCCCUGGCCAGAGCCAGCAGCACGGCCGAGGAGACCAUCAGCGCCAUGAAGACAGUCCGGAGCUUUGCCAACGAGGAGGAGGAGGCGGAGGUGUACUCACGGAAGCUGCAGCAGGUGUACAAGCUGAACAGGAAGGAGGCUGCGGCCUACAUGUACUACGUCUGGGGCAGCGGGCUCACGCUGCUGGUGGUCCAGGUCAGUAUCCUCUACUACGGGGGCCACCUCGUCAUCUCAGGGCAGAUGACCAGCGGCAAUCUCAUCUCCUUCAUUAUCUACGAGUUUGUCCUGGGAGAUUGUAUGGAGUCCGUGGGCUCAGUCUACAGCGGCCUGAUGCAAGGAGUGGGGGCCGCGGAGAAGGUGUUCGAGUUCAUUGACCGGCAGCCAACCAUGGUGCAUGAUGGGAACUUGGCCCCCGACCACCUGGAGGGCCGGGUGGACUUUGAGAACGUGACCUUCACCUACCGCACUCGGCCCCAUACCCAAGUCUUGCAGAAUGUCUCCUUCAGCCUGUCCCCAGGAAAGGUGACAGCGCUCGUGGGGCCGUCGGGCAGUGGGAAGAGCUCCUGCGUCAACAUCCUGGAGAACUUCUACCCCCUGGAAGGGGGUCGCGUGCUGCUGGAUGGGAAGCCCAUCAGCGCCUAUGACCACAAGUACUUGCACCGAGUGAUCUCCCUGGUGAGCCAGGAGCCAGUGCUGUUUGCGCGCUCCAUCACAGACAACAUCUCCUACGGCCUGCCCACCGUGCCCUUCGAGGUGGUGGUGGAGGCCGCACAGAAAGCAAAUGCCCACGGCUUCAUCAUGGAACUCCAGGACGGCUACAAUACAGAGACGGGGGAGAAGGGUGCCCAGCUGUCGGGCGGCCAGAAGCAGCGGGUGGCCAUGGCCCGGGCUCUGGUGCGGAACCCACCCGUUCUCAUCCUGGAUGAAGCCACCAGCGCCCUGGACGCAGAGAGCGAGUACCUGAUCCAGCAGGCCAUCCACGGCAACCUGCAGAAGCACACGGUGCUCAUCAUCGCGCACCGGCUGAGCACGGUGGAGCGGGCCCACCUCAUCGUGGUGCUGGACAAGGGCCGCGUGGUGCAGCAGGGCACACACCAGCAGCUGCUGGCCCAGGGCGGCCUCUACGCCAGGCUGGUGCAGCGGCAGAUGCUGGGGCUCGAGCCCGCCUCGGACUGCACGGCCGGCCACAGGGAGCCGCCGGGCAACGGCAGUCACAAGGCCUGACCGUGGGCCCUGCCUCUCCCGGUGGGGCAGAGGCUCCAGUGCCCACCUGGCAGAUGUGCCCACGGGGGCCCCCCGGCCGCCCCCGCUGCCCUCCGAGCCCAGGUCCACGGCACUGGAGGGCCAGCUGCCCUGUCCCACGUGUCCCCGCUUCCUGCGUCUUGCCCCCGGUUCCCACCCUGUUCCCCGGGCCACCACCAGCCCCCUGCUGCCAUGAGCCACCCCCUCCAGUCUGGGCAGUGGAGAUACCACUGGUCUCUCCAGCUGGUCUCCCAAGGUUUCUAAGCGAAGGUAGAGCUACCUUUUUAAACCAAGAUCUUAACCAGGUUUUUUACUGCUUGGUUCUGAUGGGCCCCAAUCUCCUAGAUUUCAAAAACGUUUUUCUAAUUGGGAGCAAUGAUGGGCAAGUUCACUGAGAUGUUCUAGAGACUUCUGAGCCGGGAGUGAAUGACCCUUCCUAAGAGCCUGGGGGAUGUCAGGGAGAACUAGGCCUCUACCCUUUGCCCCUGGAGAGAAGGGGCUUCCCUGUCCCGGGGUGCGGUGGGGGGGGACACGGGGAGGGG